AUGGUCCUCUCCAAGGUCAUCGAAGAAAACCCUCCCGAGUUCCUCUCCGACCUCCUCCGCGGCAACAUGGUCUCAAUCAGCUACCUCCAAAACCACACUCCCAUCACCACGCACUGGCCCCUCACCAUCCUAAAAGCCAUCUCCACCCGCUUCAAACCCCUCGACAAACACGCUCCCAACCAAUCCCUCAGCAUCCACGACUGUCUCGGCGAACCGCAGUCCAAAUUCGAAGUCAACAUGUUUCGCUCCCGCGUAAGCGAUCUCAUGGAUCAUUCUGGAAAAUGGCUGUACACUGGAAAUAUCGAUAUUGAGGGCGUGAUGGUGUGGGAUUUGUGGGUAUUUGGAGAGGCGUUCCGGGCGCCCAGAUUUCAGAAUGAUGUCAUGAGAGCGCUGUGUGCGAAGGCGUCGGAGAAUAAUCAUGCCUUGGUGAUUAUUAAGUAUUUUGGGUUUGAUGCGACGACGUUGAAGAGGUGUUGGGAUCAGGUGGAUUUUACGGGUGAUAGGGCGCGUGGGUGCGCGGUGGAAAAUGGGACCGUGUAUUGGGGAAAUAAACCGAUGUUGAAGUUUAUUAUGGAUGUGAUUGUGUUUGUGGGGUUUAGGGAUUCGAAUUUUCGGAGACUGAUUCAUAGUGGUGGAUAUGUUGCUGAGCAAAUCCACAAAUUGUCGGUUGAAGUCGCUCGAGGUAAGACAUCAAUGGCGGCUCCGUGGAAGUCUAGAAAUCUGAAGAAGUACCUCGUAAAUGAGGCUAUUCUUGAGGAAGAUUCUAGCUCGGAUGAGGAGAUUGGGAGUAGUUCGGAAGAGGAUACCAAGGAUAUCGAGGAAGAUACAGAGAGUAUUGCAGAUGAUGAUGGUGAUGAAGAUGAAGAUGCGGAAGAUAACAAAGAGAAUGAUGAAGACGAAGACGAAGACGAAGAGAUGAAGGAUGACAUUAAGGAGGAAGGAGAAGAAGAAGAAAGCUCCUUUACCGCAGAAGAACUCCUUGCUGAAGGCCAUCGUCUUGCACAGCCAAGAUAUGUAUAG